UGUAAACUGUUUUCAGGACCCCAAAGUUACAGCUCACAAAUGUCUGGAAUGAAAUGGCAUACUAAUUUAUUGUAAACUGUUUUCAGGACCCCAAAGUUACAGUUCACAAAUGUCUGGGGGUCCCCAGGCCACAGAUUUAGAACCACUGCCCUUGACUUUUGUGACGUAUGCACGCCUGUCCUCUGCUGGAGGAAAGGCGAAACGACAGCCACCAUUCGCGUUUAAUUUUGGGCGGCUAAUGUCGAAAAGGGACCAAAAAAAAAAUCAUUUCAUAUUCCUCGCAGGAAUUCGCUGAAGGGGUGAAUGGAAAAGCCACAGCCAAUUCAACGACACCGCCGCUCGGGCAGCGGCGCUGCGGCUUCCAUCGCCGACGUGACCCGAGCGCCUCCUCCACAUCGCUCGGAAAAUCUCCCCACCGCAGAUCAACCGCUGUCGUCCCGGCGACGAGAUGCCUUGCCGGUGUGGACAUGACGUGGACACCCGGCCUCCUUGCUGCUUCUCGUCAGACUCCGAGCGUCGUGACGAGUCCCCGCUACCGUAAGUCGAGCAAGGGCCCUCGAAGAUAGCGUUCCCGUGAGCAGAAUCCAUCUACUGGGUGUGGUGAAGGUCUCCACCGCCGCUAUGAAGAGGUGGUGACCAGCUUGCUGUUGACUGACGGCGGGGGUGGGAAAGGAAGAAUGGGCCGGAGCGCGGCAGACUGCUGGUAUGGUGGCGUCAUCGUCGUUCCCACCGCCGUGCUCUACGGUUCCUUGGCCCUCUUCACCUCACUCCUGCACAAUGUCUUCCUACUCUACUACGUGGACACCUUCGUGUCUGUCUACAAGAUUGACAAAGUUUCUUUUUGGAUUGGAGAGACGGUGUUCUUGCUGUGGAACAGUCUCAACGAUCCUCUCUUCGGCUGGCUAAGCGAUCGCUCUUUCCUCAGCUCUCCUCAGAGCGGCUCCCAGGUGACAUCUCCGGAGGUGGUCCUGAAGCGGCUCCACGCACUCUCGUCCAGCGGGCCGCUCUUCGCCCUUUCCUUCCUGGCCUUCUGGGUGUCGUGGGCCAGACCGGGCCUGCAGUUCCUGCUCUGCCUGUGCCUGUACGACGGCUUCCUGACAAUGGUGGACCUCCACCACAGCGCCCUCAUGGCCGACCUGGCCGUGUCGGCCGCCGACCGCACGCGCCUCAAUUUCCACUGCUCGGUGUUCAGCGCCCUGGGCUCCUUCUCCGUCUUCCUGUCUUACUCCUUCUGGGACAAGGAAGAUUUCUAUGCCUUUCGCCUCUUCUGUGUGGCUCUCGCCACCUUCUCCAUCUUGGGCUUCUUCCUCGUCUCCCGGUUGCUGCGGCGACGCUUUCAAAAGGAAGUCCGCCCCAGGCUGGAUGAGGCGCACACGCUCGAAGAGCUGAGUGUCGGCCACGCCCCCUUUACCACGCCGGAGCGGCCCGUCACUAUCCGGCAGUACCUCAAACAGCUCUCCAGACACAAAAACUUCAUGUGGUUUGUCUCCAUGAACCUCCUCCAGGUAUUUCACUGCCACUUCAACAACAACUUCUUCCCUCUCUUUCUGGAGCACCUGCUGUCAGACAACAUCUCCGCCUCCACAGGCUCCAUCCUCCUCGGCAUCUCCUACGUGGCGCCGCACCUGAACAACUUGUACUUCCUGACGCUUUGCCAGCGGCACGGCGUCUACCAGGUCAUCCGCUGGCUGUUCCUCCUCAAGCUUGGACUGAGCGCGGCGAUGCUGCUGGCGGGCGCCGACCGUGUCUAUUUGCUUUGCAUCUUCAUCGCCAGCAACCGAGUGUUCACGGAGGGAACCUGCAAGCUGCUGAAGCUGGUCAUUUCCGACCUGGUGGACGAGGACUUCGUGGUCAACCGGCGGCAGCAGGCGGCAUCGGCUCUGCUCUUCGGCAUGGUCGCCCUCCUCACAAAGCCCGGGCAGACGCUGGCGCCGCUCAUCGGCACAUGGCUGCUGUGCGUCUACACAGGCUACGAUAUUUUCCAAAAGGAACCGGCGAAGGACUCCAUCGCGGACGUGUCCUCAGGUGCGGGGUCGCCACCGCUGCGCUUGGGCUGCUUCCACAUGCUGGUGUUUGUGCCCAUCACGUGCGCCCUGCUGCAGCUGGCGGCCUGGUCGCGCUUCACGCUGCACGGGCGCAAGUUGCAGGGAAUCAAGAGCUCCAGGCAAGGUGCCCAACACGGCGGCAUGGUGGACGUCAAGACCAUAUAACGCGGGUGGAGCCGAGCAGCACACAGACACUUUUUAAAAAAAAGUUGUUCUCUUUUCGGCUUAGUGGAAGUCGCGAUGCCACAGCUAGGCCUUGUGUCCAAAGACGAGAAAAGAAAAACAUGCCACCAUGACUGCUCUGGUCUUUGGGAUAUAUAUAUUUUACAUAAAUGACACCUGCCUUAUUUUUUCAAGAGUAUUACUUUUAUAUUUAUACUGUAAUUGUGACUACAGAAUUCAGAGGACCAAGACAUUUUAUGCCAACUGUCCAUAGUUCAUAAUGAACAUCCACUUGGUUCGAAAAUCAGUGGAAGAGUACAAAUCUUUGUAUUUAAAUGUAUUUUUGUGUCUUUAGUGUGAAAAGUUCAAGAAGUCAAUGGGGUUCCAGUUUACAUCAAUCAUUGAAGUAUAUGUCGAGAUACCACUGCCAUUUUGUCUGGUGAUCAUUGUGACCAACUUAAUUGAGCACUGCCACGUUUUUCAUAUUUGAGAUUUGAACUCGUCUAUCGGCGACGAGUUUUUUUUUUGUUGUUGUUGUCGUUUUUACAGAUUUUUAAACUUCGCCAUGGCCCCCAAAACAAUAAACCCUCUAGUCAAAAACGACUUGUCAC